AUGACCAUCAAAGCGCAAUCCUUGGCGAACUUUGUCACCGAAGUUCAGAAUCAUGAGCCAGAAGGCACUUGGAGGAUAUAUGUGGACGGAUCGUCCACUUGGCAAGAAAGUGGAGUCAGUGUGCUACUAGUCUCUCCUCAGGAAGAGCGGAUGCAUCUAUCGGUUCGGCUGGAAUACCGGGCGACUAAUAACGAAGCCGAGUACGAGGCGCUCAUAACAGGUCUACAAGCUGCUCGGCAUGUCGGAGCGAUUAAAGUUUCGAUUCACUCAGAUUCCCAGUUAGCCGCCCAUCAACUCACUUGGAUAUUUGAGAUAAACAACACUCAGCUCAAGCUCUACGCCAAGGCCUUUGAAAAGCUAAAAGCCAACUUCCGGGAGGUGGUUGCUCAGAAGAUACCCCGAGCAGAAAAUCAAGUGGCGGACGAACUGACUAAGCUAGCCAGCUCCAUCUCCCUAGUCAUUAUAUUACAGCCGAUCGAGCAGGUAUCUCUGGUGGCACACGUCGAUCGGAUGAAAGGACUCACCUUCCCGAAUGAUUGGAGGAUAUCAUUGAUAGAGUUCCUGCGGUCAGGAAUUACACCAUCCGAUCGGGAGGAAGCCCACCUGUUGAGAAGGAGAGCAGGAAGAUUCACAAUGAUCGGGGAUCAACUGUACAAGAAAGCUUUCUCCCGACCCCUACUUAAGUGCGUCAGACUAGAGGACAUCGAUUACAUCUUACAGGAAGUGCAUCAAGAAACUUGCAUAGGACACCCAGGCGGUCGAUCAUUAGCCAAAAAGAUACUGCUGGCCGGAUAUUUUUGGCUAACCCUCCAAGCAGACGCGGCUCGGACAGUGUCUACCUGCCUAUCCUGCCAGAGGUAUCACAACCUCUCACACCAACCCACAGAAGAGAUGACGACGUCCACAGUAUCCUGCCCAUUCGACCAGUGGGGUAUGGAUAUAGAGGGGUCCUUCCCCAUGACAAUCGACCAACGAAAGUUCCUGCUCGUCGCGGUAGACUACUUCUCCAAAUGGGUCGAAGCCGAGCCGAUCGCAAAAAUAACCAAGCAAAUGAUUCAGAAAUUCAUCUGGCAGCACAUCAUAUGUCGGUUCGAAAUUCUGCGUCGGCUCGUCUCCGACAAUGGGAGACAGUUCACCGGGCAACGUCUUAGAGAAUGGUGCGAAGGCUACGAGAUUCAGCAGGCCUUCAUUUCUGUGGUGUAUCCCCAGAGCAACGGACAAGCUAAAGUCGCCAAUCAGGAGAUUCUGUGA